AUGUCCUCUGAAGAUGCCCUUCCGGUCAGUGAUGGUGAAGUGAGCUUAGAUCAGGAGUCGGAGGACGAGAUUCAUCAGUUGGACGUUUCCGAAGAUGAAGGAGACUAUGAAUCCUGUGACUCUGAGGCUCUGGAAGUAGAAGGUCAAGGCCAAGCAGAAAACCGUGAUGAUGAUGUGCUUGAAGUUGAAGUUGCUGACGGAGCAGAUUCAUCAGACGGCCGGGCAUGGAAGCCAGGCCAGAACUGUGGGCCUUACUUGGAUUACAAUUCUGCCCCACUGACACAGCAGAGCCUCGUCCUCAUCGCCAAUGCUGUCCGAAAUUUGACUGCUGUGCCAGCGGAGUUGCUGAAACAAGUCUCCAAACACCUGCCCAGGUCAACACUCUCAAGCAAAGGAAGCAAGCGAGGUCCAAACAAUUGGGCAAUUACUCUCGCCGGCCAGUUCCUGGCUUUGGCGCCUGGUACUCUCAGGCGAUGGAUGCAAGAGCUGAAGAAGUCAGACUGGAAGCCAAAGUCGAAACAAGCCCCAUUUGCUUGGAAGAAAGCCAGUCGAUGCAGAGAAGGCCUGGAAGUGGCUUUGGCUGAGGCCGAGGCUUGCGGUAACACUCAUGAUGAGCCUGUGGUGAGCCGUGAAGAGAAGACCAUGUGCAAUCUGGUGGCUCGGGCACUGUUUUGCAUACAUGAAGGCGAAACCGGUCUGGAAUUCGAGCGAGAUAUGGCCAGUUUGAUGCGCAUUGUGGGGCCUGAUAUCUUCGGUGAUCAGCAUCACUCGCGACAAUUCUAUAAUCAGGUGAUUUUCUUGGGAGCGAGAGUGUUGGAGACCUUGGAUGGCUACAGCAUCGAGAAUGACCUGGUGCCAGGUCUGGGAAUACCGUCGGACAUUGGGCUGAUGAUUGACCCUGUGUCAUUAGGACACGGGGCGAUGGCCAGGCACGACACUGUGCUGGUUAUGUGCCUUGCUUUGGUGGCGAAGACGGGUAGAAUUUACACUCCCUUCGUCGCCGCUCCAACUUUGCCAUUGGAAGGGCACAGUGGUGAAGGAAUAAAAGCCCUGGCGCUGUCAGGGCUCAGUCGACACCCGUGCGGCCUUUCCUUGUUUUCCCUUCGACGGCGCUUGGCGUGCGUCGCUGGAGACGGUGCUCUGUGUGGUGGAGGCAGGGAGGCACGUCAUAGCAGCAGUCAAGCGUGCGAGAAGAUUUUCAACGCCGUUCACGAAGUUCAAGGUCACGCCCAGGCCAGCACCACGGCAAGCUGGGAUAGAUUUCAUCGAAUCGACAAUGCUGUGUGGCGGAGUGUUAUGGCUUGCCCGGCGACUGAGGAGGUCUUCGAUCUUGCAGCCGCCGUGGACUCUCUCUUUGGUGUCAACGAAGGCAAAACGAUGUUGCGAGGAAUCGGUGACCUGCUUCGAGAGAAGCCAAAAACUACUAGAAGGGCUGGAGGCACGAGAAAGGUGGGCUACCUGGCCGGAGUGCCCGGGAACUUGCUGAGCAACCUGAAAUUUUACAUAUUGGGCCUGCAUGGCCGCAUGGACAUGGCAAGCAAAGCUUGGCGAGUCUCGCUGCCGUUGGCCGUCGGCUGUGUUCUCUCAGCUUCGCGACUAGUCUUCUUCUUGACAAUCUUCACCUCCGUUUUCGAGAACUGUGUCCGUCCACUUGCUCUUCAGAGCCAGCAAGCUCUGGAGCCCUGGGCCAUUCGCAAAGCAGAGCUGGAAGUUCUGCAGAAAGUUGGGAGCCUGUCUGCUGCUGUGGACUUUACAGCACGGUUUCUGUCGGUCAUGGUGCUGCUGCGACAGCAUCUGACCAAGCAAGAAGCAGGCAGAAUGGUUGUGGCAUGGAGCUGCAAAAAAGACUGUGUUCCGCUGGUUUUCAGUUGGAGGCGCUUGCCAGGGCUUCUCCUCACAAGCCCGCCUGUCAUCGACGGCUGCCAGCUGCAGCAGCAAGAAGUUGAACUUCCAGCUGGUACCAUGUGCUUGGGUCCACAUUGCCAAUGCUUUGGUGAGGCGUCCCAAAUGAGGUCGCGACACGAAUUGCCAGGUGACAGGCUUGUCAAGCGAUCUUUCGAGAUGCGGAAGACAACAGGUGAUCGUCGAAGCAAGCGACUGAAGAGGGAUUGGAAGAUACCUCUGUGGGUCGCCUUUGCAAAAAAAGCGGACUUCCGGUCGAAUGAUGAAGUUGGCCCUCGCUAUCAAGUCUGUGAGCCAGGGCCACCAAUUGGAGAAAAGGACAUGUUUCGCAAGAAAUGGGACAGUGGACUGUCAAGGUGUCAGGUGCCCUUGGCUGUGUACAAGCAGCAGGAGGAAGUCCUAAAGGCUUUGAGCACUGGGCAGAGCUUCCUGGCUGAGCUCAGGGCCAGUUUGGAACUCUCGCUGGGGUCAAAGGGGCUCAGCGACGAGAUGCUGCAGUUGCGAGAUGCCUGCUGCGAGGCGUUUGAUUGGAAGACACUGCUCCACCAACGAGCAGGACAAAGCAAUGGUGAUGCCAUCCUCCAGCUUUUCAAGCAACAGUGGAACCUGGUGACACGGAGUUGGGAGCUCACAAAACAGCAGCUUGGACGCCAGUACUUGGUGUUACUGGCACGUCUCAGGAGGGUGCAAAGGACAAUUGAGAAGGGUUUGAUCAACACCGACAUCCCAAAAGAGGUCUUGGAGUCUGCCCAGUCGUGGUCAACUCCGACAACUUGUGUGGCUCGGCCACUUUGGGUCUUUCGGACGAUAUUUCGUUUGCUGCAGUCGAAGUUUCACAAUCAAGAAGUUGCGGGACACCGUUUGUCCUUGCUGGCAUCCCUGGUUUCUCAGUGUUUGGGCGAAUUUCGGAACUACAAGCUGCCUGCUGCGACCUUUCGACCAUUCCUGGUGAGAGUGGAGGACCUGAAGACGGUGAUGCCGGGACAGAGACGACGGACCUCAGGGAAAAAGUCUCUUCGUGCGCCUGCCCGACCUGCACCUGGACAAGUUCUUGCCACCAGAGACUGGAGGACCAAUUCCUGGAAGCUGGUGAUGGUACAGACUUUGCACUACGUGGUGGACGUGUCUGCGGUGAGUCGAAGUCUGGACUUGCACAGCUUCUUCGCAUUGGGCGAUGCGAACAAUGCGGACGACGUGGCCUGGCAUGUGGUGAGACUGCACCAUGCUUGCCGGUUGAUAGACCCGCCAGAGGCUCCUUGCGAACACGUUGGCAGUCUCUUGCAUGGCGCAUUUCACGACAGCCAGAAUCUGUCUCCUGCACCACUGGUGGACCAAGCAUUGCUCAAGCAUGCGGGAUGCCCGCGUGACGAGAUCAUAGUCAACACCGUCGCCAAGCUUUUGAUGUCAUCUGGUAAGAAGGUGAGUCGAGCAGCUGGCCCACGAGUCUUGCAACAGAUAGUGGACUUGUGUCGAGACCUGGACAACACUGGAAGAGAGACCGGUCUGUUUGGCAUGCAGUCCGUGGGUGAGGCCGUCGAUAGCAUUGCUGUGCCUGAACAGUUCCGUCUGGAGGGUCAGACCCGUUUGGCGCCCGGUGUUUUCAAGAUUGCCCGAAGUGAGGCCCAUCGUCGGUCGUUGCCCGUUGAACUGCCUCCUGCAGUUUUGCAAUCGGUCACAGCAGAGAUGAACAAGCCGGUUUUGGAGCCCCCAGCGGUGACUGUGAAGCUCAGUCGAAAGUCGAAGGCUGCACCGUCGACUAAAAAGGCUCUCUUGGCAGACUGGUUGGAGUCUGAAGAGGGCCAGCUCUGGAGAAAGGAGCGCGAUGUCCUUUUUGCAAAAGCUGGUGAAUGA